UCUGAUAAAAGUUUCUGGUAUUUGUUAGUAACAUUGAUUGGAAGAGAAAAAGGACCAAAGAAACUAAAGCCACGGAAUUGUGACUUGUUGAGAGGCUCUUUUCUCUGUUCUGAACUGGUUUUGCACCGAGAUCGCUCUUUCGAGUUUCUGAUCCUAAUCCCCUUCCCAAAACGCAUACCUUAUGACCUAUAUUCCACGUAUCAACCACGUUUGACCGGCCUCUCCUGCGAGAGCGAGACAGAGAAAAUGUACCAGUGGAGGAAGUUCGAAUUCUUCGAGGACAAGUAUGGCGCUAAGUGCACGAUUCCGGAUGAGGUGAGAGGCAAGGUCGAGUGCUGCUCCAGCGGUAGGGGAAAGGUGGUGAUCGGCUGCGAUGACGGUACCGUCAGCCUGCUCGAUCGGGGCCUCAAGUUCAAUUUCGGUUUCCAAGCUCAUUCCUCCUCCGUUUUGUUCCUCCAGCACCUCAAGCAACGCAACUUCCUGGUAACUGUUGGAGAAGAUGAACGGAUAUCACCGCAACAAUCAGCUAUGUGCCUGAAGGUUUUUGACCUUGAUAAAAUGCAGCCAGAAGGAACUAGCACAACGACUCCAGAUUGCAUUGGAAUUUUGCGAAUAUUCACCAAUCAGUUUCCUGAGGCAAAGAUUACGUCAUUUCUAGUGCUGGAGGAAGCUCCACCCAUACUACUGAUAGCAAUUGGCUUAGAUAAUGGUUGCAUUUACUGCAUUAAAGGGGACAUUGCAAGGGAGCGUAUCACACGUUUCAAGCUUCAAGUGGAUAAUAUCUCUGACAAAAACCAGUCCCCUGUUACUGGUCUAGGCUUCCGAUUGGACGGUCAAGUUCUUCUAUUAUUUGCUGUAACUCCAAAUUCUGUGGUCCUGUUCAACAUGCAUAAUCAACCACCCAAGCGGCAAACCUUGGAUCAUAUUGGAUGUAAUGUCAAUAGUGUCACAAUGAGUGAUCGCUCGGAGUUGAUAAUUGGGCGUCCUGAGGCAGUUUAUUUUUAUGAAGUUGAUGGCCGUGGUCCUUGUUGGGCAUUUGAAGGAGAGAAGAAAUUUCUGGGGUGGUUUCGUGGAUAUCUUUUAUGUGUUAUUGCUGAUCAAAGAAAUGGCAAGAAUACUUUCAAUAUUUAUGACCUGAAGAAUCGCUUAAUAGCCCACAGUCUAAUCAUCAAAGAAGUUUCUCACAUGCUUUGUGAAUGGGGUAAUAUAAUACUAAUAAUGACUGAUAAAUCAGCAUUGUGUAUAGGUGAGAAGGAUAUGGAAAGCAAGUUAGAUAUGCUUUUCAAGAAAAAUCUUUAUACUGUAGCGAUCAAUCUGUAUGAUGAAGCCCUGCAAUAUAUCUCAAGUCUUGAGCCAAGUCAAGCUGGGGUCACAGUGAAAGAGUAUGGAAAAAUUCUCAUAGAGCACAAGCCGGUGGAGACAAUUGAUAUACUCAUGAGGCUUUGUACUGAAGAUGGAGAUUCUGCCAAACGAGGGACUUCAACUAGUUCAUACUUAUCUAUGUUACCAUCUCCCGUUGAUUUUCUCAACAUUUUCAUCCAUCAUCCGCAGUCCCUUAUGGACUUUCUCGAAAAGUAUACCAAUAAGGUGAAAGAUUCACCUGCUCAAGUGGAAAUUCACAACACACUCUUGGAGCUGUAUCUGUCCAAUGAUCUGAACUUCCCAUCAAUUUCACAAGCUCAGAAUGGUGUAGCUCUUGGUCUUAAAGCUAGGUCAGGAGCAGUUGCAAUGUCAAAAGAAGAAUCUAAUGGCAUAGCUGCUAAUAACAAGGAUUCAUAUAAAGAAAAGGACCAACUUGAAAGGCUCCAGAAGGGGCUGCACUUGCUUAAGAGUGCAUGGCCAUCUGACCUGGAACAUCCACUUUAUGAUGUGGAUCUUGCUAUAAUUCUCUGUGAAAUGAAUGCUUUCAGAGAUGGGCUUCUAUAUCUCUAUGAGAAGUUGAAACUGUAUAAAGAGGUAAUUGCUUGCUAUAUGCAGGCACAUGAUCAUGAGGGACUGAUUGCGUGCUGCAAAAGGCUAGGUGAUUCAGGGAAGGGAGGAGAUCCAUCGCUUUGGGCAGAUUUGCUUAAGUACUUUGGUGAACUUGGAGAAGAUUGCUCCAAAGAAGUGAAAGAAGUUUUGACUUAUGUCGAGAGGGAGGACAUUUUGCCUCCUAUUGUUGUUCUCCAGACAUUGUCCAGGAAUCCAUGUCUCACGCUCUCUGUUAUCAAGGACUACAUUGCUCGGAAACUUGAACAGGAGUCAAAGUUGAUCGAAGAGGACCGACGGGCGAUAGAUAAGUAUCAGGAAGAAACAUCAGCAAUGAAGAAAGAAAUUCAGGAUCUCAGGACGAAUGCCAGAAUUUUUCAGCUGAGCAAGUGUACUGCUUGCACUUUCACCCUUGAUCUCCCUGCUGUUCACUUUUUGUGUAUGCACUCUUUCCAUCAACGUUGCCUUGGUGACAAUGAAAAAGAAUGCCCUGAGUGUGCUCCUGAGUACAGAUCAGUUCUUGAGAAGAAGAGAAACUUGGAGAAUUCCAGAGAUCAAGAUCGGUUUUUCCAGCAAGUGAAAAGUUCUAAAGAUGGAUUCUCUGUGAUUGCUGAGUAUUUUGGGAAGGGAAUCAUCAGCAAAACUAGUCCUGGAUCCACAGGCUCUCUUAGAUCAGGAGGCACAUCUUCUGGCAGUGGUUUCUGAGGCUUCUUGAUUAUGUUUGAUUCUUCAUAAGCACAUGUGUUUACUGUUCAUCUCAUUGGAGACCAACUGGGUUCAGGAAUUGCAAUGAUAUUGAUGCACCUGAUGGUCUGAUAUCAAGCAAAGGGUUUCCCCAGUUAAGCUAGGCUGUUUCAUCUUUGAAAAUUGUUCAAUUGAGAAAAGAAAACAAGAUUUACUCAGCAGGUUUGUCUCAGUGUGCCUUUUCAUGGUUGAAUGUAUUUAUGUUUGUUUCUCUUAUAAAAGAGCAGCAAUGCCUUGGCAGAAGACUGUGAGCCACAUUCAAUUCAAGCUAAUCGGUGAUGUCAUGGCAUCUCUCUCUCUCUCUCUCCUGUUCUCUCUGAUUGUGUAUGUUCUGAUAAAUCAUUCUCUUUCUUUCUAGAUAACAAGUUAGUUGUAUUUGAGAAACUUGGAAAUUUUUGUACCAUAUGGUUUUUCUUGGGCAUGGUUUUUAUGAAUACGAAAUACAUAACAUUAUUCUGUA